AUGAGUAGAUUAAAUAGUCAAGUACCGCCCAUUAGAUCUUGUCCGUCAUUAUGUGCGACAGAUCUUCAGCAAUUGCUUGGAAAUCAAUCAGAAAACCCUCUGAUAAACCUGGCAACGCAUGCGACAUCAACGAAAAAGGCUUUGAACCAUUUCAAUAUGCGUGUCACUCAGCGUUUGCAUCGGUAUCGUUCAAUGAAGAAACAAUGGCAAGAGGUCGCGACUUCGAAACAAUCGAUUUUGUCUCUACUUCCUUCCGACGAUCUACUUGUCAUUCAAGAUUCGAUGAAAAACACUAAUUGGUCUUCGAAACACUCACUAGUCGAUUCGAAAGUGUCGUCUGUUAGUGAUUGUAGUCAAACGACAGUUGUUACGGAUCCGUUACAUUCUAAAAUUCGACAAGAUUUGAUGAAAUUACGAAAAGUAAUCAAACAAAAUCAAAUCAAAUCAGAUGAUGCAAUCCCAUUCAUCCCACUGAACAGUAUUCGACUGUUAGGAGAACCAACGUCAGUUCCUACGACAUCCGACAAUCAAGAAAAUCAAAGUAGCAGUCAUGUUAACAAAGAAAUCUCGUCGUCGUUACCAUCAUUAAACAAACUCAAACCACUUGACUUAGUUCAAAUCUCCGGCUGUCGAAUGCGCUCGUCGACACUUCCAAAAAGUGACUCAACUGAUAGUGGACUUGGUAGUACAAGUAAUUCGUCAAGUACUUGCUCUCAAUAUUGCAAACAACAGAGAUCUCAACAACAAAAUCACAAUAAAACAGUCAAUAUUUGCAAUUACCGAGUCAAUCAUCAAUCUUCGCAUCCUACUCCGCCUCUUCCUUCCGAUUCUGCUACGCUUCGUGCAUCUCCUCUUUUAAAGAAAAACGCAAACACAUCAAAUAAAAUGACUCACAAUGGACGUUCAAAACAAACAUUACCUUCUCGUCUUUCCUUACUCAUCCCAUCCGCAAUGAACAAAAAACAACCGAACUUUACCAAACAAGAAACACGAAUAUCGCACAUGCGACAAGUAUCAACCAGUGCCGACGUUACAACACGUCUGUACACCUAUGCAUCAUCAAGCUCAUCCAAUAUUCCACAAUCACUAAAACUCAAACGAGAUGCGUCACUGUUACCGAUCCUUCUGCACUCGAGCUCAUGUGUUGGUCUUCAACCACGGAUAAGUCGUUCGAAAAAACCGGAAUAUACAUUAGAAGACGAUCAGGAAGAGAGGUAUACAAACGAUGACGAUGAUAAUUAUUACCAUCUACUUGAUUAUAAACAAUUAAUAAAUCGUUUGCCCAAACCGAUUAUUUCUAAUCGACCACGUUACGGAAAAGAUGAUUAUGGAAUUUUAUUCGAUCAAUUAGCCCAUAUUCGAGACCGAAUGUCCGAUUCAAAUACGUAUGAUGAAUACGCAAGAACUACCUAA